UUCAAUCACACCACUCCUGAGACCAAGGCUGGUGAACCUGAAUUCAAGGCCAGCCUGGGCCACAUGUUUUUUCCUGCAAUACAGUGGAUACAGUUUGUCACAGCUACUCUGAGUGUUAUAGGUUCAAGUUCGCUUAUCACUUAUGCUGUGUUCCAGAACCCACAGAUGUCUGCAGAGAUAAAACCACUCUUUUAUCUGAGCUUUUCUGACCUGCUCCUGGGAAUUUGCUGGCUUAUAAAAGCACUUCUCUAUGGAACUUCAGCACCCCACAAGGACAGCAUCUGCUAUAACCUACAGACAGUCGGAGAGAUACUAUUCAUUGCCUCACUCUUCUGCACCGUCAGUUACAUCUGGUGUCUGUACACAGAGCUGAGGAUGAGAGACAGCCAGAGUGGACGGAGCACAACUGCUCAGGUGAUAAAUCAUACUUGUCAAAGUAGUCACAUAGUGUUCAUUUUGUCAAGCCUGCUACCUCUGCUGUUGAUGACACCUGUGUUUUGUCUGGGCAAUGUCAAUGAAUGCUUCCACAACUUUAGCCAGAGCCACAGGUGUCUCCUAAUGCACUCGCCUCCGCCAGCCAUGAUUGAACCCCUGCCUUCCACCAACAUAUCUGUUUGCAGUGUGCUCUAUUUUUAUGUUGUCACUGUUUUCCUGACCAGCUUUUUCUUCAGCCUCCUCCUCAUCACGGUCUUGCUCAUCUAUGCCCAGUCAUUGUAUAAGAAGUUUGUGAAAUCGACAGGCUUUCUGGAGAGUGAGCAGUGGGCAGUGAUUUACAUUGUGGGCCAGCGAGUGCGCUUCUUCCCGGUGGCCUUUGUAUGCUGCUGGGGCCCAGCUGCCACACUGUUGAUCAUAGAGCUGACCAAGCCCCAGGACACCUCCCUGCACAUGGCUUUCUCUGUGCUCCAGGCUCUCACAGCAGCAUCCCAGGGUCUGAUCAACUGUGGCAUAUAUGGCUGGACACAGUGCAAGUUCCAGCAGCUAAAGCGUGAGCCUCGCCGUGAUGCAGAUACUCAGACCCCAUUGCUGUGCUCACAGAAGAGAAUCUAUAGCAGGAGCCUAGACCCACCGGAGUUUUCUCUUGCUUUUGCUUCCAGCUCUUCCACCAUUCUUUGAAACUAUGGAACUAGAACAUCCCGGAAGUGAAUGUUUCAUGUGAGUGAAUUCUACAGGUCUGCAGGGAACGCCCCCAUCUUUUCUGGCAUACCCCAGACUGGAG